UGAAGGAUGUGCGCUGGGGUGAGCACGCAGCGCCUCCGCGGCCGCCACCGCGCCGGCUUUACCCUUUAAAUCGGUCUCCAAGCCGCUUACUGCUGAUCUCCCACGUGACGUUUUACCUUCUGUCUCCCGGAGCGCGUUGCCCGAGGACAGUCCUCUGGCUGCCGCGCGCCUCCUAGCAUAGCGCAGCCCGCCGCAGAGGCUGGGCUCCCGCAAUACUUCGGGUGGAGUGACAAGGGUGCGGGCGCCCUCGGAGGGCCACUCGGCACCAGGUUUCCGGGGAACAGGAGGCGUCGGGGGCCGGAGAGGGCGCGGUCAGGGAGGAGACGGUGCUGGUGCUUCAGCCCGGAGAGGCGCCCUAGGUCUGGGCGGCGAGCGGGGUGCUCCGUGGCAGGCAGUCUGGGGUGCGUCCUCCCGGAGGGCAAUCUGCGAUGACCACGCCGCGGAGCUGAGGCUACGACCCGAACGCCUUCCGCGCCCUCGCCAUGCAGAAGAGCGUGCGCUACAACGAGGGGCACGCCCUGUACCUGGCCAUGCUGGCGCGCAAGGAGGGCACCAAACGCGGCUUCCUGAGCAAGAAGGCUGCAGAGGCGAGCCGCUGGCAUGAGAAGUGGUUCGCUCUCUACCAGAAUGUGCUCUUUUACUUCGAAGGAGAGCAGAGCGGCCGCCCAGCAGGCAUGUACCUUCUAGAGGGCUGCAGCUGUGAGCGGACGCCCGCACCACCCAGGACCAACGCAGGACCCGCAGGUGCCCGGGACGCUUUGGACAAGCAGUAUUACUUCACUGUCCUUUUUGGGCACGACGGUCAAAAACCACUGGAGCUGCGCUGUGAGGAGGAACAGGCCGGAAAAGAGUGGAUGGAGGCCAUUCACCAAGCCAGUUACGCGGACAUUUUGAUUGAGAGGGAAGUGCUGAUGCAGAAGUACAUUCAUCUAGUUCAGAUUGUGGAGACAGAAAAAAUUGCCACUAACCAGCUCCGGCAUCAACUUGAAGAUCAAGAUACCGAAAUCGAAAGGCUUAAAUCAGAGAUUGUUGCUCUUAAUAAGACCAAGGAACGGAUGCGUCCGUACCACACCCAUCAAGAGGAAGAGGAUCCAGACAUCAAGAAGAUUAAGAAGGUUCAGAGUUUCAUGAGAGGGUGGCUGUGUCGGAGAAAGUGGAAGACCAUCGUGCAGGAUUACAUUUGCUCUCCCCAUGCAGAGAGCAUGAGGAAGAGAAACCAGAUCGUGUUCACGAUGGUGGAGGCCGAGACGGAGUAUGUGCACCAGCUCUACAUCCUGGUGAACGGUUUCCUCAGGCCCCUGCGCAUGGCAGCCAGCUCCAAGAAGCCCCCCAUUAAACACGAGGAUGUCAGCAGUAUUUUUCUCAACAGCGAAACAAUCAUGUUCCUUCAUGAAAUAUUCCAUCAAGGACUUAAGGCAAGGCUGGCAAACUGGCCUACUUUGGUUUUAGCUGAUCUAUUCGACAUUUUGCUGCCCAUGCUGAACAUUUAUCAAGAAUUUGUACGUAAUCACCAGUACAGCCUCCAAGUACUUGCCAACUGUAAGCAAAACCGAGAUUUUGACAAGCUCUUAAAGCAGUAUGAAGCCAACCCUGUCUGUGAGGGGAGGAUGCUGGAGACGUUCUUGACCUACCCGAUGUUUCAGAUUCCCAGGUAUAUCAUCACGCUCCAUGAACUCCUGGCUCACACCCCCCAUGAACACGUGGAGAGGAAAAGUCUGGAGUUCGCUAAGUCCAAGCUGGAGGAACUGUCCAGAGUAAUGCAUGAUGAAGUCAGCGACACCGAGAACAUACGGAAAAACCUCGCCAUUGAGAGGAUGAUCGUGGAGGGCUGUGACAUUUUGCUGGACACCAGCCAAACUUUUAUCCGACAAGGUUCUCUUAUCCAAGUGCCUUCUGUCGAGAGGGGGAAACUCAGUAAAGUCCGCCUGGGCUCGCUGUCCCUGAAAAAGGAAGGGGAGAGGCAGUGCUUCUUAUUCACAAAGCACUUUCUGAUUUGUACACGAAGUUCAGGAGGAAAGCUGCACUUGCUCAAGACAGGUGGGGUUCUCUCCCUCAUUCAGUGUACGUUGAUUGAGGAGCCCGAUGCAAGUGACGAUGACCCCAAAGGUUCUGGCCACAUGUUUAGAGAUCUGGAUUUUAAAAUCGUAGUGGAGCCUCCUGAUGCUGCCUCUUUCACUGUGGUCUUGUUAGCACCUUCGCGCCAGGAGAAGGCUGCAUGGAUGAGCGACAUCAGUCAGUGUGUGGACAAUAUACGAUGUAAUGGAUUGAUGACUAUAGUCUUCGAGGAGAAUUCCAAAGUCACUGUGCCACAUAUGAUUAAGUCUGAUGCCCGUCUUCACAAAGACGACACUGACAUCUGUUUCAGUAAAACACUCAAUUCCUGCAAAGUGCCCCAGAUCCGCUACGCCAGCGUGGAGCGUCUCUUGGAGCGGUUGACGGACUUGCGGUUUCUGAGCAUCGAUUUCCUCAACACCUUCCUGCACACCUACCGCAUUUUCACCACAGCCACCGUAGUGCUGGCAAAGCUCUCAGACAUCUACAAGAGGCCUUUCACCUCCAUUCCUGUCAGGUCAUUAGAGUUAUUUUUUGCCACAAGCCAGAACAACAGAGAACAUUUGGUAGAUGGAAAAUCCCCACGUCUCUGUCGCAAGUUCUCUUCCCCACCUCCUCUGGCUGUGUCCAGAACAUCCUCCCCAGUGAGGGCCAGAAAGCUGUCUUUGACAUCUUCCUUGAACUCAAGGAUCGGAGCCUUGGACCUGACUAAUUCCUCAUCUUCCAGUAGUUCCACCACCACCACCCACAGCCCCGCUGCCUCCCCGCCACCGCACACUGCAGCUGUCUUGGAGUCUGCACCAGGUGACAAAGCGGGAGAUUCUGCAGACUUGUCACCUUGUAGAUCCCCCACGACUCCCCGGCACCUCCGCUAUCGCCAGCCUGGAGGACAGGUAGCCGACAACACCCACUGUUCUGUGUCACCUGCUUCUGCUUUUGCGAUCGCCACAGCUGCAGCAGGACAUGGGAGUCCACCAGGAUUUAACAACGAGAGAACGUGUGACAAGGAGUUCAUCAUACGGAGAACAGCCACCAAUCGAGUCCUGAAUGUCCUCCGCCACUGGGUCUCAAAGCAUGCGCAGGAUUUUGAACUCAAUAAUGAACUCAAAAUGAAUGUUGUAAACUUGCUAGAAGAAGUUCUACGAGACCCGGACCUUCUUCCUCAAGAAAGGAAAGCUACGGCGAACAUCCUGAGGGCUCUUUCACAAGAUGAUCAAGAUGAUAUCCACCUAAAAAUAGAGGAUAUAAUUCAAAUGACAGACUGCCCAAAGGCCGAGUGCUUUGAGACAUUGUCAGCCAUGGAGUUGGCCGAGCAGAUCACUCUCCUGGACCACAUUGUUUUCAGAAGCAUCCCCUACGAAGAGUUUCUUGGGCAGGGCUGGAUGAAGGUGGACAAGAACGAAAGGACGCCUUACAUCAUGAAAACCAGCCAGCACUUCAAUGAGAUGAGUAACCUGGUGGCCUCCCAGAUAAUGAAUUACGCCGACAUCAGCUCCCGUGCCAACGCCAUUGAGAAGUGGGUAGCAGUGGCAGACAUUUGCCGAUGUCUCCACAACUACAAUGGCGUGCUGGAGAUCACCUCGGCCUUAAACAGAAGUGCCAUCUACAGGCUGAAGAAAACCUGGGCCAAGGUGUCCAAGCAGACAAAAGCUCUAAUGGACAAACUUCAGAAGACUAUUUCAUCUGAAGGAAGAUUUAAAAACCUCAGAGAGACUCUCAAAAACUGUAACCCCCCAGCUGUCCCUUACCUUGGGAUGUACUUGACAGAUCUGGCAUUCAUUGAAGAAGGGACACCGAACUUUACCGAAGAGGGCCUUGUCAAUUUCUCCAAAAUGCGAAUGAUAUCACACAUUAUUCGAGAGAUACGCCAGUUCCAGCAGACCGCUUACCGCAUAGACCAACAGCCAAAGGUCAUACAAUACCUGCUUGACAAAGCCCUUGUCAUAGACGAAGAUACACUCUAUGAGCUGUCACUCAAAAUUGAACCACGACUCCCUGCUUGAAGAUUUGGCCCUGUCCCUGAGGCCAUUGGAAUUCCAUGGAAAGCGGGUCACACAUGGCACGGGGGGUGGGGGGACCCAGAGGGACAACACCUGCCUCCUUUCACCACCAAAGAUGGAACUGGACUGUAAAUCUGUCUCCAGCAACAGUGAAACCCAGCUCCAUGGACCAAAGACGGAUACCCCAGGCUUGGGUGGGAAGGUGUAAACUUUGAAGCUUAGGGAAGCUGAUGGCACAAUUUGCAUAUGAGAUGUAAUAUAGAGAUGCUGGUAACAAUUGUAAUGAAGUGGAAUGAAGGUAAAUCUCCCCUGUCCCAUGUUCUGUUAGAACUCAGGGACAAGGUCCCACAGAGAAGACCUGCAAUGUUUCUUUGUCACUCUGCUAGCCUGGGCUCACCUCUACCAGUCCUCCAGGACUUAAUCGCUUCUGUUACAGUUCCUUUAUGCCAAGCAUCAUGGCCAGCCUGAAGCUUCCUUUCUAGGCCCAACACAGAAGCAGUUUCAGCACGCAGCAUGUGCGUGGUUCUCAGUGUGUUAUCCAUGCCUGGGAGGAGUGGUGUGCUCUAAAAACAGCCGUUUUUAGCCUUUGGGCAAUGGGGCAGGCCAUGAAAGAUUAAAAACCAAGUGUAUCUGUGGGUAGCAUUUCCUGAAUUACAAGUAUCCAGUGUCCCACAGACUUGAGUGGGGGCUUCACUGAGACAUUGGUGGCCCCAAGAAGCCAAGUGUGGCAGUUUCAGUAAGGUGCAUGCCCGUGUCAGUCUCCUGACAAAACUCUGGAAUGUGCUGUGAAGAGAAAUGACUUUAACCAAGGGGAAAUGUUGACCUAAGAAUCAUCUUUGCUGGUUUCGCUUGUUUUCUUCCCCCCAAAGUACUCCAGAAACGUUUUCUGAUGUGCAAACCUGUUUGGGCUCAUUAUGAGCAUUGAGCAUUGUCUGUACUUUCAAGCGAGCAUUCUGUGGGGGUUUUCUUUGGUGUGCCCAUACUUGCCUGUGCUGUUGGUAAACAGUCUUUUCUCCUGUCUCAGCCAUCUUUGUUUAAAAUGGUUUUGAGGUCAUUCUGCGUAAGAACACUGUAAGUGCAGGGGUCAUGGCUCUGAGCACACCCCCGUUCUUACAGCAGAAAACCAAAUCUGGGGCGGGGGGCCGGGGUAGUGUCUUGCACCCCAAGCCUGGAAAAGUGGGCUCCGUCUCCUCACAAUGGUCUGUUGUUAAAGGGAUGAGGCUCUCCUUGAUCACCUCCCUCUCCUGGCCUCAAGGAGACAUUGCUUUUAAAGAAGGCAGCAGUGGCCGCGAGGGUUAUUAUUACCUGAGCCUAGCAGAGCUUCUCUUACAGGCAUGAUACCUAUGGAUGCUGACUGUGAAGACCUGCCUGGCUGUUUCCCCUCUCCCCCUGCAUUUUACUUAUGUGGUAGAGCUAAUAGCUAGCUAGUGCUUUCCACUUGCUGGCUUCAGAGCCGGCAUUGGUGAUGUACCAUAGAACUAGCGAAGGUACAUUUCCUGCACAGUAGUGGCCAUCCUUGUACAUAACUGCCUAGAGAAAUAUAAACUGAGUAAAGAAAAUAUUUAUAUUAUAUGAAUUCCACUCCAGAAGUCUUCUCGCUGGUUCAUAUUAGCCAACAGUGUAGCACUGAGUCCCACAGGGACACUUACGGAUGCUUUCUCCGUCUUGUUUAUUUAUUUCCUGAGUUGCUUGUUUGUUCUCUUUGGUUUCAAAUAAGAGAUUGUUGCAUCGUGAUGCAUGAUGAAAACAUAAGAUGCUGGAUCUUAGCUGUGCAUACCUUGUGACUUGUUUCUGGGUGUUCAGAGGCCAAACAAGAACUUACAGAAAAAAAAGGGUAGAGGUUAGCAUUCUUGCGAGGACUACAGCAUACCAACUUCACGAAAAAUACCACUAGGAGAGGAGUACCCACACUGACUCCAACCCCACCCUGCCUCCACUCUACCCUGUCCCUAUCCUUCAGAGGAUGGCUCUGUGUGCACUUUGCUUGGGAGUUUGGUAUACUAUUUCUCCAAUGUUGUAUUAUUCCAGAGGCCAAUGCAGCCAUUCUUAGGGAAAAACAAACAAACAAACAAACAGAUAAACGUAAUUUCCAAUGCCCUUCGCCUGUUGAAAUGCAGCUUUUCUAUGGAGCCUGUUCCCAGAAUGUUGGAGGCACCCCCAGUGGUCAUCUGUGGGUACUGCCAUUGCUUUACUCUGAAUUUCUUACAGCUUGUUAGAGCUAAAGAGACCCAGAUCAUAUGUGUGUUAUCCCAGGCAGGGAUGCACAAUUAGAAGCAAAACACCUCAACUUGGUCACAUUUAAAGUUCACCAGAGCAACUUGUGUUUUUUUUUCUUGUGAUUGUUGAAAGUCCCUGUCCUUUGAAGUUUUCUGUGUUUGUGUGGGAUACAAUGCAUGCGCUCUCGUCUGUGUCUGCCAACAUCCUCCUUUAGGAGGUGCUUCUCUAGGAGCACUGGGGAGACCAGCCUCUACAGAUGAAGUCGCGAACACGUGUACUGCAAAAUUAACAGGAAAUCAACCUGUUUUCAUGCUUUCAAAUGAAUACAUCACCUUGCUAGUCGGUGGCAUGGCUAUGAGGACCUUGGGGUUCCUAAGAUAUCUCCGCUCUUGCUAAGGAAACAAAUCUCUCCCUGACACCCUCCAUCACAUGUGGCAGUCUCAGGCUUGAAGCACAAUGCUGUCCGUUUUCUUUAGCAAUUUAACAGAGGGAUUUAAAGAGGGGAUUUUAAGCUGCUGUGGAAAUAUUAGAAUGUCCCUAACACAAAGUCUCCUUUGCUGUAUGUUUGUGCAUCUCAAAGUACUACAUAUAAACAUGAAACUCAUGGAUGCUGGAUCAUCUGGAAGAGAAACCUCCACUGUGAGCUACUUAAUGUGACAACGGACCUUCCCCUGUCUUUCAUGUUAGGUGAGGCGAAACCGUGGGGCAGCAGACAUCGAAUCUUACCUAAAGAGUAUUGCAAUUCAGCCAUCAUUCCUAAAUCUGUCAGCUUUUGCAUUUAAAAAAAAAAGAUUUUAUUUAGCUUUUCUUUUCAACUUUAAUGUCAUCCCCCUACAAAAAAUGUCUCUUGUUUUAAAUAUGUUUCUUUGACAUUUAAACCGCAAGGUUUAUCAUUCUUACCAUGGUUGAAACAGCAAAAGAAAUAAUAUACUAUAUGUUUUUAGCCAGGUUAAUGUCCACAGAAGGAGGCGAUUCGUGAACGGAAUUCUUUUUCAUUUCUGUGAGAAAUAAGAUUGUAAGUCUAGUGACUUUUUUACACACACCACUACAUGAUUGCUGGAAAUAAGACUCUAGUCGGUGGAAGGUAAUGGGUGUCCUUUCAGAGGCCACUGGUAUCUUAAAGCAGGACAGAACAGAAAUAGAGAGGGACCUUUUGUUGUAGGUGCAGACACGUAGGUGAGUGACCUAGCAUGGUUUCCAUUUCUACUGACAUUCCAAACACUCACCCUACUUCACAGUGUUGAACCGCUGUCUCUACACAUUUCAUUUUAAACCAGAAAGUUGGUGGUGAAGCAGCACUGGGCCAGACAUGAGUCUCAGCCUGGCUUUGCACUGUCCACUGAAAAGCAUAGGCCAGUGUUUACACCACCGAGUCUCACUUUUCUCAUCUGCAAAAUGGGAUUAAUCAUAAUUCCCGUGCUGUCUACCUCACUGGGCUGUCCUGAAGACCGAAGGGGUCAGAAUGUAAACUUUAAAGUGCUGUACAGUUGUGAGGUAACUGCCAUUCUCAGCUCUCUUUUGCAGAGGAAUUAAAUGUACUUAUUAUUUGUAUGUAUGUGUGUGCUUGUGUGUGCGAACACAUGUGAUAGUCAGCGAAACACAUUGUUUGUGUCUGGCUUCUUUGCACAUCUGCUGUCAUUUGUAACUCUAAGGAGGGAUUUGUGUUGCGGCCGAGCACUUGCCAAGUGGGGCGUAGGUUAUGCCAACAUGCAAAUUAAACUUCGCCUUUCUUCAGUA